AUGUCACAAGUCACCGGUGAACCCUACGAUAGUGAUGGCAAUACUACGGAUUUGUCUUUUGCCGAGAACGAUGCUCGUGCAUCUGAUGCCAAACACAAAUCUAAUUCCAAUGGAAUGACGCCGGUCGAUACCGAAAGGGAAUUGGAUCGAUUGCAGAGCGAUAACAAGGUACCUGAUGUAAAUUUUGGUAGUAAAGUUUUAGAGACGACAUCUAGUUCGCAUAGGGGCCAAUACACCCCCCUAGAAUCCAAGAAAAACCCGGCUGCUGUCACUACACACACCCAUUUCCCUUCGUAUGCGGAUGUAAACAAUGAUCUGAGUAUGAGUGGAUUCGACGAGGUCACGCUGAGUGAAAAUAGUUUGCUGGGAGUGGUUGACGUUGUACCAGGUGACCCGCUUAGUGGCUUCGAGCUAGGCACCUCCCCACAACCUUAUCACCUGAGGAAAUCGAUCAAUGUAGAUGACGGUAGCGAACAGCGUAUGAACGGUGGUCCCGAAACAUCUCACAAAUUAGCCCGUGCUAACAUGGAUACGGACGAAACUGACACAGAAGUGUCCCGAAAUGACAUUGACCACACUGGUGUUGAGCCCUUUAAAGUUGGCCCGAUAUACAGUGACAAUGACUCGAGUCAGGUGGCGGAGAGGGCUGAUGGUAUAGUACCAGAUAGAUUAGAUGUCAGUGAUAUAGCUAGUGAUCACGGUAUGGGCCUCGAUACGGUUGGGGUGAGUGAAUCGGAAAGCGAUGAAGAUGCAAUUGAAUCUAAAGAUAUUAUACACAACGGUACGAAUAGUGGUACAGAAGGUGCAGGAUUUAACCGGGUAGGUGUGAGUGAUUCGGAAUCAGACUCCGAAGCAAUCAGGGUUAACCGAGUCGUCGCAGAGAACCAGUCCGACAAUGUGGACGAAAAAGUAGCCGGUUUCAACAAAGCGGCACAUAGUAGUGCCGAGAGAGAAUCUGAUGAGCAAAUGAUAGGGUUCAAUAGGGUAGCACACAGUGACGUGGAUAAUGAUGCUGACGGGGAAAUGACAGGAUUCAAUCGCGUCGCUGUACAGAGCGAGUCCGAAGAUGAGAGUACAGGUGCCGGAUUUAAUAGGGUGGGACAUAGUGACUCUGAUAGUACCGAUACUGAAGAACUGUCGGGGUUCAACCGAGUCGCCACAGCGAGUGAUUCCGACACGGACAGGGAAGGUGCCGGGUUUGAAAGGGUCGCGCAUAGUGAUUCUGAAAGUGCCGAUGACGGCCAACAGUUUGGAUUUAAUCGUGUUGCAUUUGCCAGCGAUUCCGAAGGUGGGUCUGUAGUGGCUGGUUAUGAUAGGGGAACACACAGUGAUGCGGAAAGUGAUGAAGAAAAGGCAGGUUUCAAUCGCGUUGCUCCAGAAAGUGAGUCCGAAAGUGAGGGAGAAGUAGCUGGGUUCAAUAGGGCGGUACAUAGUGAUGCAGACAGCGAUAGUGAUCCACCUGCGGGAUUCAACAGAGUGGCGGCUAUGGGUGACUCAGAGAGCGAGGCAGAAACAUCUGGCUUCAAUAGAGUGGCACACAGCGACACAGAGAGCGGAGAUGAUAGUGCCGGGUUUAGACGAGUUGGUGUGAGUGAUUCCGAAAGCGAUGCGGAGAGUGAAGGAGAUGCGAAUGGCUUUAACAGAGUCGGACAUAGUGAUACAGAAAGCGAUAGUGAUCCGCCUGCGGGAUUCAACAGAGUGGCAGCUAUGAGUGAAUCAGAGAGCGAGGCAGAAAUGUCUGGCUUCAAUAGAGUGGCACACAGCGACACAGGCAGCGAUGAUGACAAUGAUGCCGGAUUUCGACGAGUUGGUGUGAGUGAUUCGGAAAGUGAUACGGAGAAUAACGUACAUGCUACCGGCGCUAGUAGCAUAGCACGUGGUGAUGCUGGUAACGGUGGUAAACUACCUGUGGGUGGGCGUAGUUUUGGCGUCGAGUCGGUGGCCUGCGGUGAUACAGAAGGACAAACUGGGUGCAACCUGGAUGGCCGCAGUGAUACGAGUAACGAUACAGAGCCAAUAGAGACGCAACGUGUGAUCAAGAUACCAUUGGACACGGCUGCCACCCAGGAUAACCUUGAGAAAAAAUCCCCGCGUCCGCCCAGUCGGCGGUUCUCCAGGGAGUCGAUGUCAGUCAGUGUGGAGGACGUGCUGAGCUACUACACCGGCAGUGGCAGUGGCAGUGGCAGUGACCGUAAUGAGGAGGAUGGUGUUGCAAUUGGUGCUCUGGGCGAGCCAGUCAGCAAUGAAGGGAUACCAACCAGUGCCAAGUCCCUUGCGGGUGCUGCGGCGGUUGCUGGUAUAGCUGUAUUGGGUGGUGCUGCUGUGUUGCCAUGUGCGGCUGUGGGGGCGUGUGACGUGACGGCGCUGUCCGGUGCACAAGACCCAGAAGUAGAGGUUGCGAGGGGAGUCGAGGAGGUAGAUGAGAUGGGGGACAAACCGUUCCAGCAGUCUCGGGAUAAGGGUGCAGAUAGUGUGCCGAGUAUUAAACCCCGAACCGGGGCGGGUGUGGUGGAGGGUGAUGAUAGGCCCGUAGGCAAGUCGCGGAGGGUACUGCCAGAUGCUGGGCGAACGAAGACAGCGAGUGAGAGCAGCACGGACGCAGAUGUGAGUAGUGCCACUGGGCGUAAGCCCAAGCCGCGCCAGCGAACGCCCAAUCGUACCGGUCCCACAGGCACACUAUCGGCCACGACCUCGAACACCGAUACAGAUACAACAGAAACGAACCGGACCGCCAACGGACAACCCCGGCAGACGACCAGGCCUGUACCAACCCAGGCCAGCGCUUCACAGUUACCACACGUGCCUCGACCCCGCCACUCUGUGGAUACCAAGUACAGGGCCGAUGGGCUGAGCUCAGGGGCAAACAGCAUGAGCAGUCUGGCGUCCAACACAAGUGUGAGUUCUAUCCUUAGAACGGGCGACAGCACGUGCGGGGUGGGCACGCCGCUGGACGAUGACCAGAAGAAGAAGGUGGCGUUCAGAUCAAUGAGUACCGGCAACGAUAUGACGGCUACAAUCGCUGCGCUACAUCCAAACAAGGCCGGUCGACCGCGGGGGCCAUCAGAUGGGUCUGUGCCUGUGUCGGUGCCUAUGCGGAGAAAUAGUUCGCAGAAUACAGCGGACGACACAGCAGCUGCAUCUGCCUCUGUGCCCCAACCAACCAAGGCCACCCGACCAGACAUAUCUCGCGGACCGGCAGCCAUGCCUGGUGGUGUGCCCGUACCCGUGAUGCGAGCGCAUAGGAGUGUAGACAGUGGACACUCUAUAACCCUGGACGAAUCGGCUCCGGCGGUGCUACCCCCGAAGCCAACGGUGGCCAAGCGACAAUCAUCACAGGGGUCUUUGCCUGUGGCAGCAAUGCAUAGCUCAAACGAUGACAUCGCCACCACACCCGCCAAAGUGGUGCCGAAGAAAAUCACCAGACCAUCGGUGACGGAGAGUUCUGCCGCCAACACUGCCAGCAACGGCGAUACUGCGGACGAGAGUGUGGCAGAUGCGUAUCCUCCGCGGGCUAAGAAAUCCAUUGGCCUAUCUGAUGGUGCCGUAGACCCGGUUGAGAAACCCGUCAUUCAAGAUCGUGUCAAAAAACCUGUCAAGACGCCAGUCAAAGAGCCCCUCUCGUACCGCUCUACUGAGCCUGCCAAGCAACAUCAAGUCGCUGUCACCGAAGCCAUAAAGGAGCCUGCGCCGAACGCUACUCAGGAAUCCUCAAACCUCUUUAACCCCCCCACAGCAGCGAGGGACGCCUCCACAGGUGUCCUCAGCACCCCACAACCGCCCGUUGUAGCACAAACAGGCGAGCACACAGCCGUGACUUCCUCGUCGCAGGAACACGUCCCCUCGCCUAUCGCACGCCCAGACACACACGCCUCGCGGGUCACCCAGCCUGUUCAUAGACGCGGCAGCAGGCCGGAGACCAUAAGCCGAUCGGAAGAGGCUAGUAGUAGGGAAGUCAUGGAGGACAGUAUCGGAAAGGGGUUACCCUCAAAGGUGCCACGGCCUAUGAGAGCGUCCACUUCAGCUGGGACGUCGAGUCUGAGGAACGUUGAAGCGCAUAUUGAAGCGCCUGAGAAGACUCCAUGUCCUACCGUUUCUGAUUCGCCUGUGGGUAGGGGUAGUGGUAUGGCUGAUGGGGUCGGGAAGGAUACGAGCGGUGCUGUGGUAACGAAGCCGACUGUAGCACGGCGACAGGACAAGAAGGACCCGACCGCACAGAAGUUUACGAAACGCCGGCAGAGAAAGGGGCAAAAUGUCAACCGCAAGAAAAGUGUUCUGGUCGACGAUGAUGUGGGCUUUGACCUGACCAAAGAAAUAGCCUAUCAAAAUGAUGCAGACGAUGGAGGUACAUACAGAACGCGCACCACCAACCCAUUUGACUCACCAGCUAUGCACCAGAACCCAGAUCUGAUUCCUGAAGCAUCGUGUGACAUCCUCUACAGGCCUCCCAAUACAGACAUCAACACCGACACCAACACUAACACCCACACCAAUACCAAUACCAACAGCAGCACUAAUCAAAGUAAUGCACAGAAACCCAAACCGAAGGUGCGCUCGAACCCCUUUGAAGAGUCUCCGGCGGUGGGUAUGGAUCAUGGCUUGAUUCAGGACAAACAUGGCUACUCAGAUUCUACAGCGGGUGCCACUACAGUCCUGCAGGCGAUGCGAGCCGCGCCUGGGAACUACCAGCGGCUAGAAGAUUCUCGCCCGAGUCAUCCUACUAAUAACAACAACUACAACAGCAACUACAACGACAACUACAACAACAACAACUUUAACGGUCCAUUGUCGAGCAAUUCCAUGAACUCCAUGAACUCAAUAAACUCCAUGAACACGAUGACGUCGCAACCAGCCCGGCCAAACAACGGGUCUGGGCUGGCGUCUGGGUAUAUUGCGGGCGGGGCAACGGGAGUCAGGAACCUGCCAAACGUAGAGAUCCCAUCUGGCUACGGCAAUGUGGGUGGGAAGGGGUAUAACACGGUCAUGAGCCCAGGAAGUGUGGGGGAUAGAAGGUCUCGCGACCAGUUUAAUGCCGAUCCCAGUCCGAGGGGCCAGAACGUGUAUGAGAGCCCACGGGGCGUAGCUAGGAACAUCACCCCACGCGACGCGUAUGGUGCACCCUCCAGCCAAUCGCCGCUCAAUGACUAUGGCCGCGCUAUGGGUAGGCAGCAAUCGUAUGGGAAUGUCGAGGCUACUGCCAAUGCCAAACCCCAGCGCGCUAUGGGUAGGCAGCAAUCGUACGGGAAUGUCGAAGCGACUGCCAGUGCCAAACCUCACCCUGUGCCCAGGAAUAAAGCCGAGUACAACAGUGAUCUUAACGAUAAUCUGUCUGCGGGCGGGGUUGCGGGGAGUGUUUUCUCGCCAUCGCCGCUAAGUAGUGAGGAGGAUAUACUAGACUACCAAUCGGUGGCCAAUGGCAAGAAGCAUUCGGCCACCUUGAAACGAGUCCUAUCGCAUCACAGCAGCGGCGGUCUGGCGCGGCAGGCGUCGCAACUGGGUGUGGGGUACGACACCGUGCGCCAGGGAACCACCACAGCGCUAAGCAGCGGGAAUAGUGGGCCUAUGAGUGGGCCUAUGAGUGGGCGGAAGGUGAUGAGUCGUAGUCAGGACCAGCUCAAUGUGCCGGGCUCACGCACACCACGAGGUAUGGAGCGGGAACAGACCCACAUGGUGAGAAGCGGCAGUCAGGGGCGUUUAGAGCACCGGCACGCUCCAGCUGUGAGAAGGGGAAGUCGUGGGAAUGCCGAGGCAACUGCACCGCAGUAUAUGAUGAGGUCGACGGAUAGUUUGGCGAAGGAUACGGAUGUGCGCAAGAGCUUCCAUAGCUUCUAUGACCGGCCCGGUUCAAGCCACUUUGCACCUCAUGAGACGCAGGAUAUAAGGUCGCCGGCUCAAAGUCGUCAAAGGAAGCAGAACCCUCAACGCAAAAACACGGACUAUGCCAACGGCGACCCAUACGGCGUGCAGAGCUAUUUGACCCAGAGCAUGAACAACAACAACAACAAUCAACGUAACGCUAGUAAUACUCAAUACGGUGAGGAUAUCGGCAACCAGUACAAUACACAGAACGGCCGGGUACAAGGACAAGGACAGCACCGCCAUCCGCAGCAGAAUCAGUAUCAGAAUCCCAGCGGUCAGCCGAUGCGAGGCCAGACAGCCGCUCCCAUGCAGAGGUCUAUGGAUCUGGACACGGCAACGUUUAAUAGCGGGAAGAAGGGGAAGAAGGCGUCUCGGCGGUCCCUGAAGUCCAGGUCAAUGUAUAGUGUGAAGUCUAUGGACGACGUCGGUGGCGACUACCGGUCGGAGAAGGACAAGAAGUGUGUCAUCUCUUAGUAUUGGGGAGAUAGGGCUGAGGCGAUAAAUAAACGG